UUUGAGUAUUUUCCUGCAGGUGCAAGAAUCACCUAACUCCAAGAGAACAAGCUAUUCGAUUGCUUGUUUUUCGAGGCAGCGGGAAUCAGAAAAACGGGCAGCAACAAUGAUGAUCUCAGUCCACUUCGCAGUGCUCUUUUUUUGGAUGACGCAAGAUUUUGUGAGCUGUGUUAAUAUGAAGAUACCCACUGAUUUCUUGACUGUAGCGUUAGGAGAGUCUCUUACAUUAAACUGCACCUAUAAUUGCUCCACUGGAUUUGUUCGUGGCUGCUGGAGUAAAGCAUCAGACAACUCUGGCUGUCAUGGGAUAUUCAGCAAAGGCAGCUUUUGCACAAUAUCGCUUCAUCUGUCAAAUGUGUCUGCUGAAGAUCUCAAGAAGAGCUACACUUGCUACACACAAGACACAGAUGACCCUCAGCUUCCACAGAAAACUGAGCGCAUUGUUUUACUGCAACUAGAAGCUCAAACAAAAGCCCCAAACUUGACAGAUACUCCAAAGACUGAAACAAAAACUGAAACUUCAUCACUUCCUGCUAAGCCAAAAGAUUCAAGUGGAGGAGAAUUUACUGGGAUCAAGAUUUUAGCAACAGUUACCGUUGCUGUGGCCAUGGUGCUCGCAGCAUUGGCCGCUUACCUGUGUCUGAACCGGAGCAGACAGAGCUGGCAUGGUAAAGGGGAGUCUGUUGUGUCCAGGUCAGGCUCACCACUGCCAUAUCACGCUGUCCUCUCACCAGUGAAGGGGUCACUGUCAACACAAAGUGAAAGAGUGACUUUGAGGAUUCCAACACCAGAUAAUGAGAGUGACACUGAGGUUCCAUAUGCUGACAUAAUGAUCACUGUCCGAGGUGUCAGUACACCAGAGCUCACUCAGGUUGGCUACUCGACUUCCGGAGAUCAAAAAGAGUGGUGGGGGGAUGAAUCAAGGUCUCACCUGCAAGCCUCACGAUCAGCUGACAGACUGCAUGUCCCCCUGCCCAGAGAGGUCAGCCGCAAGAUGAGCACCAACUCGGAAUAUGCAGUCAUCACAUAUGCCUGAGAGAGAGAAGGGAAUCACGUCUGAUUUCGCUAUA